AGGGGUAUAAGUGGGUCAGCAAAGGGGGCACGCGGGCGUGCUUGGCAACGGCCCGAACGGUCGUUAUGGAAACGUACGGGAACCGGAAAAAGUGCAGCUGGAAAUCAGGGAACUCGACCAGUAAAGACAGAGGGUGGGGAGACAGAGCCUAAUGUGAAAACGAUACGAUAA